AUGGAAGAUGGGGGUUUUAUAUCUUUCAUUGGUACUAUACUUAUUCCAUCACCACUGCCUACUUCACCACCACUAACUUCUACCAUUUUACUUACAUCCAUUCCAGACGUUUCACCAAAUUUUCAAGAGGUGAUGAAUACCAUUGCAACGUUUGCUUCAUCUCAAUCAACUGAACAUGAGCAAAGAGUUAAUGAAGAUGAUAUCUUGGUUGGAUUUGCAAACUUGGAGUUUAAUCCAAAAGAAGAUGAUGUUCUAGAUAAUGCUAUCAUCUCAGGAAUAGAUAUGAAACUUGAAGAAUGGUUGGUUGUUAAUUCUCACACUUUUAAUCACAAGAUUGAGAAGCUUCGAGAUGUUGAUGAGGAACAAUAUGAGAUACUUGAGAAGCUUAUGAAAGCAGUCAAGCUUACUGAGCUUCCUCGUCCUUUUCCUUCUAACCAAUGUUCCACAUUUUAUGAAUGUUCCGCAAGGGGGAGAAAGGGGGUUGGUUCGUACAAAGGAACUGGUGAAGAAAAAGGCGUGGUAGUGGUAAGGGUCUUGUUUGCUCAAAUUCCCACUUCGCUUCCAAUGAAACCAGGUGUAUCAAUAACAACAACAACAAUUGCUCCUAACAUCAAUAUUGAUGUAUCUAAGCUUCAAACUAAAAAGAGAGUGAAUAUUGGUGAAGGAGCCUCAAGCAAAGAUGUGGAAAAACCAGAAAUAAAAUAUGCUCCCAUAGACAAAGGGAAGGGUGUAUCUAUGGAGUUAUCGAAGGAAGAAAAAAAGAAAUUAAAAGAACUAGAUAUGUAG